UCAUCUGCGACAAAAAGUGUGUUGUUUCAUUACCGCUGUUGUUCUUCCUUUGUUCAAGGCAUGUUCAGUGGCCAAAAGAGUUCACUGGCAUGGCCCAUGCACAUGAUCCUUCUCGAGCAUUUAUAGCAGAGGAAUCUGCCUCUCCUUCCACCUCAAGCAUCCAAAUUCCAUAAACAAGCAUAAGAGGAGAAGCGCUAUCUCCAAUCCUUCCUACUCAAAGAAGAAGAAAGGUUGGUCAUGAGGGCACUGAGCCUUUUGCCUUUCCUUCCUGUGCUGCUGCUGCUGCUGAGUCCUCCACAGAGCCACCGUGUUGAGGCCUCUGAUGGAUUCGUCAGGGCCAAGGGACUGCACUUUGAGCUCAAUGGCAACCCCUUCUAUGCCAACGGCUUCAAUGCCUACUGGCUCAUGACGCUGGCCGCAAACCCCUCUCUCAAAGACAAGGUUUCCUCUGCCUUCCGCGAGGCUUCCGGCCAUGGCCUCUUGGUAGCAAGAACUUGGGCUUUCAGUGACGGCGGCAGCAAUGCCUUGCAGUACUCCCCUGGCUCCUACAAUGAGCAAACUUUCAAGGGGCUGGAUUUUGUGGUGUCCGAGGCCAAAAGAUACGGGAUCAAGCUCAUCUUGAGCUUCGUCGAUAACUACGACAGUUUUGGAGGAAAGAAGCAGUAUGUCCAAUGGGGAAGAGAACAGGGACAAUACAUUGCAUCAGAUGAUGAGUUCUUCACAAACCCAGUCGUCAGAGGGUUUUACAAGAACCAUAUCAGGGUAAAUUUAUUUUUCUGUUCAUCAAUUAGUGACGUAUCUGAACACAGAUCCGAACAAAUAUCCAUGGUAUUCACUUUUCAGGCCGUGCUCACAAGAGUUAACACCAUCACUGGAGUCGCUUACAAGGAUGAGCCUACCAUUUUUUCCUGGGAGCUAAUGAACGAGCCCAGAUGCCAAUCAGAUCUCUCAGGAAGAACUAUUCAGGCAUGGAUUACGGAGAUGGCUGCUCAUGUGAAAUCCAUAGACAGCAACCACUUGCUCGAAGCUGGUUUGGAGGGAUUCUACGGCACAUCCUCGUCUGAAAGACAAUUCAAUCCCGGCGUAGAAAUUGGAACCGAUUUCAUCCAGAAUAAUCAAAUUCCCAACAUCGAUUUCGCCACCAUCCACUCGUAUCCCGAUCAAUGGUUGUCGUCCUCCGACGACCGAUCUCAGCUGGCGUUCCUGAACAAGUGGCUCGACGUGCACAUCCGCGACGCCAGCUCCGUGCUCCGGAAGCCGCUGCUGAUCACGGAGUUCGGUAAGUCGCAGAAGGACCCCGGGUUCAGCAUCGACCAGAAGGACACCCUGUUCAGGACCGUGUACUCCAAGGUGUACUGGUCGGCUAGGACGGGCGGCGCCGCCGCCGGAGGGCUGUUCUGGCAGCUGCUCACCGAGGGGAUCGACUCGUACGGCGAUGGGUACCAGGUGAUCAUGGGGGAGGCGAGCUCGACGGCACGGCUCAUCACUGCGCAGUCGAGGCAGCUGCGUAACCUCGGGAAGAUGUACGCGCGGCAGCGGAACAUCGCAAGGAUGAAGAGGGCGAAGGCGGUAAGGGAGCAGCAGAGGAGGACCGGCAACAACGUUGGCAACUAAAUUACCGACGGCGGAGAAUUAGCAGCAGCAGCAGAAGCUUGGAAGUCUCUUCGAGAUGAAGCGGUUUCAUCCGGGAGAAAACUAAAUAAAUUUUGAAUAUAUUUAGGUAAAUUGCGAGAAGUGAUAUAUAUAUAUAUAUCUCGAUAUGUUUAGCAAAAUGUUUGCUAUGAUCUCUCUAAGAGAGCACCGAUAAGUGACGAUGACAUCUUUGUUUUAUGUUUUUUUUAUAUUUAUUUUUUAUAUUGCAUUGA